AUGGCCGUUUUGAAGGCACGGCAAACCGACUAUCAAACAGCAUCCCCUUCCGCGGCCGGCAAGGACAUUCGAGCACUUUUGCAACUCGAUCGCGGCGCCGCGGAUAGAAAUUUGCAAAUCAUGUCCCAAGUCAUCGCCAUCGGGGACCAUGCGCAAUUUGAAAACGCGGUGUUUCUGGCCAGAAAGCGCAUCGUCGAGGCAUCGCUCAGCCACUUUGACCUCAUGGUGUCGUCAUCGCAGCUUGUGGAUAGGCCUUAG